GCAAAUCAAAAUUGAAACAGCGGGAAAUAACGGUUGAGAGCGGAUCGCAAAGCGUGCCGCAGACAAAACGUGAAAAGAAUUUCAUAAUCAAAAGUUAAUCCAAACGCUUAAACAAGCAACAACAACAACAACCACAACAAUUAGUGCGAGCCAGUGACAAGCCAAAAGUCAAAAAGAGACUAAAACAACUGCCAAAAAACGCAAAAACCCAAAGUGCAAACAGAGCCAGCAAAAAUAGCUCAAGUGCCGCCAAGCCGCAAGAUAAUUUCACCAGAGCAAGAACUGCAGCAGCCACUGGAAUACCUGAGCAACAUGGUCGUUGAUCAGAACUGCACAAUGCAUCAGCUGGAAAUGGAGCUGGACAUGGAACUGCCCAUGGAGUGUGCCCCCAUUGGGCGCACCGUUAAAUCGGCCCUUCUCAGGGCCCAGGACGAGUCCCGAGUGAUCGUCGGCCUGUCGGCCGCCAUCAAUGUGCUGUCCAAGUCGCCGGAUGGUUCGCUCUUUUGCCUGAUGGCCGUGCCCAAGGACGGAGACUCUGCCACCCACAUGCACGAGGUGCUGCUGGAGGCCUUCUGCUACGAGAACGACAUCUACGUGAUUAAGGUGGACGACGCCACCAAGCUGAGCCGCAUCCUGGGCCAGGAGACGGUCGAAUCGUGCUGCCUGGUACAGAAGACCUGGACAGCUGACCAGGACGAGGAGCGUCUAAACAAGGCCGAGAAUCAACUGGUCGACUACUGCGAGGCACACUGGGAUGCCCCCAAGCAGCCCACUGUACAGCUCCCGGCCGUGUAGGCAGUGUGAGCGGGACAGACACAUCAUUGAACAGUAAAAACCCCCGAGAGACAGUGGGGCAAACAUGGUUUAAAUUGAGAGAAACUUGCAAUGAGCGAAAACCAGUUAAAGGUUGAUGUACUCCAACGUCUUGGAGAGUUCCCGACGGGAAACCGACGUUUGGGCUGCCACAGCCACAUACUUACUUGUACAUAUACACACACAUAUAUAUAUCAGCCGUAUACAUAGGAUAUAUAUAUAGUCUUAUAUAACUGUACCUGUACCUGUACAGAGAGGAGGAUUGCCAAGCUACUUGGCAGAUAAUUGGAACUGAAAGGCGACCUUCGAUGGGGCGGGUAGAACCUGCCUCUGAACACCCGCGGAAGUCGCUCUCUCAGUGCCGUCCCUCUUCCACUUGAACGCAACAGAAGCAGCAGCAGCAGCAGCAAAAGCAACAGCAGCAGAGACACAGCAGCAGUAAUUUUGCGACACUCAUACACUCACUCAAAAAAGCGCGUGACCAGCUGCCGCUUAAACAUACACACAUAUACACAAACAGACACACAUAAAAAUAUAUAUUGCAUGAAAUUUUGUAUUUGUAUAAUUCGUUCGCCUUAAGCGUCGCUAAAAUUUAUUGAUAAUGGCAAUUAUUCUGUUCACACUGAUCGGAUGCACGCCGUAAAUUGUAAAGUAAAGCACAGCCGAAGAAAUGUAAAAAUUAAAGUUUUGUUAUGUUAGCUUUUCCAACAGCAAAAAAAAAAAGAAGAAAAACACAAAAAA